AUGGCUCGGAAAUCCAACGAUGAGAUUUCUUAUCCUUUAACCCCAUUUGAUGGUUACGAGCGAAUUGAUGGAGAGUCAUUUGUACCCAGAGAUGAGCUCCAACGCAAUAAGAGAAUGAAACUGUUUAUCUAUAUUGCAAUCUUCGUUGUGUUUCAGACCAUCGUCAUCACCGUACUUGCUCUCACCGUCAUGCAAGCUCACGUCCCUAGGGCCCUGUUGAACAAAAUCGACGUCCAUACCCUAAACUAUAACCCUGCAACACCUUCAUUCAACAUGAGCUUCACAACCGAAAUCUGGAUCAAGAAUACAGCAAAUUGGGGCCCUUUCAAGUUUGGUCAUGGCUCAGUUCAGUUUUAUUACCAAGGUAAUGUUAUUGGGGAAGCUGUUAUUCCAAGAGGAAAGGUUAAGAUGCGUUCCACCAAGAAGAUCAAUGUCGAGGUGAGAUUGAACUCCGAUGCAUUGCAGAGUCGUUACAAUUCGGAUCUCAGAAGUGAAAUGAACAGAGGGCUGAUAACUCUCAGGAGUGGGGUGGCUGUGCGUGGACAUCUCUAUUUGAUGUAUAUAAUGAUGAAGUCCAAGUAUGCUGUAAUGGACUGUGAAUCAGACUUUGAUUUGUCUACUAAGACGGUCAGUAUCGCUCAUAUGCAUAUUGAUUAG